AUGUUUGCCAAGAACAUAAGCUUUCCAAAGGCAGAAGAAGAGGUCAUUAAGUUCUGGGAGACAAAUGAUUCAUUUAAGCAGUCUCUUGAAGACUCAAAGACCAAACCAGAGUAUAUAUUCUAUGACGGACCACCCUUUGCUACUGGACUACCACAUUAUGGCCACAUUCUCAGUGGUUCGAUCAAAGACACGGUUGGGAGAUUCUGGCAUCAGCAAGGCUUUCAUGUAGAAAGAAGAUUCGGUUGGGAUUGCCAUGGUCUACCAGUAGAAUACGAGAUUGAUAAAAUGCUGAAUAUUACUGAUCGGCAACAGGUUUUAGACAUGGGGGUAGCCAAGUACAAUGAUGAGUGCAAGGCAAUCGUGAUGAAGUAUUCGUCCGAGUGGGAAAAGACAGUCACAAGGAUGGGCAGAUGGGUUGAUUUCAGGGGCGGGUAUAGGACCAUGGACAAGGCUUUCAUGGAGUCUACAUGGUUUAUAUUCAAACAACUUUGGGAUAGAAACUUGAUAUAUCGAGGAUACCAGGUUAUGCCUUUUAGUACCGCAUGCAAAACAUCACUUAGCAAUUUUGAGGCUAAUUUAAAUUACAACGAUGUUAGCGAUCCAUCAGUUCUCAUUGCAUUUCCACUACUCAAACCAUUGAAUGGAUAUGAAGUUAGUCUCGUUGCCUGGACUACCACACCUUGGACAUUACCCUCAAACUGUGGACUGGUUGUUAACGAGAGAUUUAAGUAUGAUAUCUUUAAAUAUAAGGAAAAGUUCUAUGUGAUGCAUACAAAUAGGAUUUCAGAAUACUUCAAGGAUUACAAGAUUGUUGAUGGUAUUUUGGGCUCUGAAUUGGUUGGUUUAGAAUACUCUCAGCCUUUUGACUUCUUUGAGCAUCUCCGAGCCAAAAACUUUUUCAGAGUUGUUUCGGCGGAUUUUGUUUCUGACUGUAAUGGAACAGCAAUAGUCCACUGUGCGCCAGCAUUUGGAGAAGAUGACUAUAAGACGUUUGUUGCAAAAGGAUUGAUCAAGCAGAAUGAUGAGGUUCCAUGUCCUGUUGAUGAAAAUGGUAAGUUUACCCUGGGAAAAUAUAAAGGCAUUUAUAUUAAGGAUCUAGAUAAGAUAAUUUUAAAAGAUAUAAAUGAGAGAGUUCUGAUGAAUGCUAGAAUUGUACAUUCAUAUCCAUUUUGCUGGCGCAGUGAUACACCCUUGAUAUACAAAAUUGUGCCAAAUUGGUUUAUUCGCGUGCAAGACCAUCAUGACCAACUAUUGCGUUGUAACGAAGAAAUCCAUUGGGUGCCUGAGGACAUUAAAUACAAGAGAUUCCACAAUUGGCUAGCGCAAGCAAGGGAUUGGUCAAUUUCGAGGAAUAGGUUCUGGGGAACGCCAUUGCCGGUUUGGACUACCGACGACUAUUCUGACAUGAUCUGUGUGGGCUCUGUUGCCGAACUUGAAUGUCUUUCGGGAAGAAAAAUCGAGGAUCUUCACAGACAAUUUGUUGAUGAUGUUGUCAUACAAAUGAAUGGAAAGACAUAUCGAAGAAUUGAAGAAGUCCUAGAUUGUUGGUUUGAGUCUGGCUCUAUGCCAUAUUCUCAGUCGCAUUGGCCAUUUUCAUGUAAAAAUAUUGGAUCGAAGAUUAGCGAUAUUAAAAUUAAAGAUGAUGAUGGCUAUUUGAGAAAAGAUGGAUUUCCUGCAGAUUUUAUUGGUGAGGGCUUAGACCAAACCAGAGGAUGGUUUUACACGUUGCAUGUCAUUUCGACACUGCUUUUCAAUAAGCCGGCCUUCAGAAACGUGAUUGUGAAUGGAAUAGUGUUGGCUGAAGAUGGGAAGAAAAUGUCUAAAAGAUUAAAGAACUAUCCCGAUCCAGCAUUUAUUUUUAACACUUAUGGUGCUGAUUCGCUGAGAUUAUACCUGUUCAGCUCUCCUGUUGUUGAAGCUGAUAAUCUUAGAUUUUCUGAAGGCGGCGUUAGGGAGGUCCUUAAGGUGUUUUUGCUUCCCUGGUACAACUCACUUAGUUUUUUGAAGGAGUGUUCGGAAGGUGAUUGCACCACUGAAAUGGAUUCUUGGAUACUUUCAUCUUUCAACGCUUUCUGCUUUAAUGUUGUUGAUUCAAUGAAAAAGUAUAGAUUGAAUCCUGUUCUCAAUUUAGCCAUCAAGUUUGUUGAUGAUUUAAGCAAUUGGUACAUUAGAAUUAACAGAAGAGCCCUUAGAAAUGGAUCCAAACUGUUUACAAAACUGUUGAAAGAGUUUUCAAUUGUCAUGGCUCCAUUUGUGCCGUUUUUUUCUGAAUAUUGCUAUCAGAGUGUAAAGGAUUCAUCGGAUCCUGUUUCUGUACAUCAAUGCAUGUAUCCAUUGGUUAAAGCUUUCUCUAAGCAUCCAUUCAACCAGGCAAAGAAGGUCAUUGAGAGCAUUCGCCAAAUGAGAGAAAAGCUGAGACUGAAGCUUAAAAGGCCUCUUAAAUCAGCAACUGUUGUUUGCAACGAAGAACUAAGAUCACUACUAAGCAACUAUACGGAAGUCAUACAGAACGAAUGUAACUUGCUUGAUCUCCUGUUUGAAAAUGAGACUAAGUACAAGUAUAUUAUUACAGCUAAACCAUUUUUUGAUAAUCUUAAAAAGGACCCGGCAAGCAUGAAAAGGAAGAUUGAGGCUAUCAGAGGCUUGACUGAAGACCAAGUUUUUGCAAUCUCCAAGAAUCCAUUGGAGGUUGAUGGAGUAGUCAUUUCUAACUCCGACUUGCUGGUUUCCAAGGAGUUUGUUGAUCUUAACAAUUCCAGUGUCAACGAUGAUUUUGGAAUUAUCCUCGAUACUGAAAUUAACGAUUCGAUAGUUGAACUGGCCGAUGCAAGAGAAUUUUACUCGUUUGUUCAGAAGAUGAGAAAAGGCUGUGGAUUGACAAUGAAUGAUAAAGUCAAUGUUUUUAUUGAUAAUGAUUACAUGAAACGGGUUGUUAGUUCUACUUAUUCUGAUGUGCUGUUUGGCAAUAAAGGGCAAUUGGUAGGCGAAGGCGAGUAUCCUUUCAAUGAAGACAAGAUUAUGGUUAGUCUAUAUAAGGCACAUUAA